AUCAAUGCUUAUUUCUUGGGUAUUCUAUAGAAAAUUUAGGAUAUAAAUGUUUUGAUUUCCAAACAAAUAAAAUCUUUUAUUCUAGGCAUGUUUUAUUUAAUGAAAAAAUUUUCCCAUUUAAUUCUCACAAGUCUGACACCACAUCCACUUCUCACUUUAAAAAUUCAUUUUUUGGUUCCCAUCUUUUCUCCUCUGAAACCUCCUCACCGACCAUGCCAAUCUCCAUUAAGCCACGUCUACCUUUAAGGUCUUCCCCUUUGUCCACUUGGCAAGGAUCAUACCCCAUUGCUGCAGCUUCCUCUAAUCCUCUCCUUGGUCUAUUCCCCACUACCAUCACCGUACCCUCCACCACCAACUCCCUAUCCAACCACUCCGUCUCACCCUCACGUCCUCCUUCUCUGUCUCAAACUCCAUCCACUCCCUCAUCCAACUCACCCGACUCACCCGACUCCCCCAAAUCACCCAUCACUCACUCGUCGUCCCCCUCACCUACUACCUUACCAACCAUUUCUCCAGCAUCUUCCCCUGCUCACACAAGCCGCCCCCAAUCUCCAUUCUAUUCCACCGCCUCACCUGCAUCCAGUCUUAACAACCAUAUGUCAGCCCCUGCCUCAUCUUCUCCCCUUCAAUCGAUAGAUCCACCCAUCCACACUCAUCCCAUGGUAACUCGUUCUCAAAACCAGAUUUUUAAACCAAAGCAACUCUACCUUGCUGAAACUCCCUAUUCGGAAGUUGAGCCAACAUGUGUGAGUCAAGCACUGAAAGAUCAUCGGUGGAGGCAGGCCAUGUCUGAGGAAUUCACUGCUUUGGUAAGUCAAGGUACAUGGGAUCUUGUUCCUCCUGCACCUAACCAAAAUAUUAUUGGUUGUAAGUGGGUUUUCAGGUUGAAACGAGGCAAAGAUGGACGAGUUGAACGUUAUAAAGCCAGACUUGUAGCUAAGGGGUUCCAUCAACAACCGGGGACCGAUUACACAAAAACCUUCAGUCUAGUUAUCAAACCGACAACAAUCCGAGCCAUUCUCUCCAUCGCUGUAAGCGGGGGUUGGAAAAUUCAUCAGGUAGACAUUAACAACGCAUUCCUUCACGAGAAACUUGAUGAACAAUUAUUUAUGCAACAACCUGCUAGGUUCAUUGAUCCUCAUCUUCCCCACCAUGUUUGUCGGUUACAAAAAUCUCUCUAUGGGCUUAAACAGGCCCCAAGAAUGUGGUUUCGAGAAUUAAAACAGUUUCUGCUUGCUCACGAUCUCACCAAUUCGAGGUCAGAUUGCACCCUUUUUAUUUAUCGUCAGAAUACUGAUUGGCUCUAUGUCUUGGUGUAUAUAGAUGACAUACUCAUCACUGGAAGCAAUCCUAUCGCUAUUGACAAUUUGAUCACUGCCAUGAGUUCCAAAUUUUUCGUGAAAAAGCUUGGUGAACUGGAUUUCUUUCUCGGAGUGGAAGCCAUUCAAACUAGUGCUGGCUUAUUUCUUUCCCAGCAACGACAAAUUGUUGGUUCCUUUCAGUAUUUAUCUCUAACUCGGCCAGAUUUAUGCUUUGUUGUUAACCUGCUAUCUCAAUUCAUGCAUAAUCCUAUUGAUCUUCAUUGGCAAGUAGUAAAACGUGUUCUUCGCUAUCUUAAUGGUACAAAAUUUCAUGGCCUUCUGCUUCGUCCACAAACCUUUUUGUCUCUUCAUGGUUUUUCUGAUGCUGAUUGGGCUGGUGAUAAGGACACCUCAAUUUCCACAACUGGCUAUGUGAUGUAUCUUGGCUCCAAUCCAGUGUCCUGGAAAGCAACCAAACAACGAGUUGUAGCACGAAGCUCAACAGAGGCAGAGUACAGAGCACUAGCAGCAGCUAGCUCCGAAAUGGUUUGGAUUCUUAAUCUUCUUCAUGAGCUUGGCAUCCAUCCUUCCACACCCCCUGCGCUUUACUGUGAUAAUAUAGGGGCAACCUAUCUCAGCAGCAAUCCAGUCAUGCAUUCUCCCAUGAAACACAUUGCCAUCGACUUGCACUUUGUUCGUGACUUAGUGGACCACAAAGUCCUUCGAGUUUCUCAUAUCUCUUCUAAAGAUCAGUUUGCUGAUGGACUUACCAAGCCCUCAUCCAGUGCUCGCUUUACUUAUUUGAGGUCCAAGAUUGGCGUCGCAGAUGGCUCCUCCAUCUUGCGGGGGUGUGUUAAGGAAAAGAUCUCUGCAAUCUCUUCAUGAGCAAUUCCCGCUCCUUAUUUAUGUCAAUCUUUGAUUUAGUGUCAAUCUUUGAUUUAGUAAAUAUUAUAUUAUGUUUCCUUUUGUAAUAGGGUUACUAAGUUUGUGCGCCUGUAUAUAUAAGUGUUGCAUACACAUGAAUAGAAUCAAGUUAUUCAG